AAAUUAGAAAAUACAUGUACUUGUCAUAGAAAAUAAAAAAAAUAUUUUAAAAUAAAUAAAUAAACAUCGACAAAAUCAACUCCCGUCAGUUCUUCAGUACUUUGAUUUUUCUUGUAACUUAUAUUACAGUGAACAUAACUUAAGGAAUGAAAAACCUUUAUUCCCAACAUUUUGCAUUUGCCGCGUAAAGCUAUAGCCUGGUUCCCGAGGCCUUGCACCAUCGGAAGGUCUCGGGAACCAGUUUACGUAAAGCUAAUGCUAUGCAUUCGGCAACUUCCAGCCAUAUACAUUUGCUAAUGAUAUAGCCACGCGAGGAACUCCGAGAGGUUCCUAUGUUUACGGAAAGCGAAAGUAGAACUAUAAUCAACUAUUUCGACAUGUUGUGAAAUAAGAUUGUUGCAUUUGAAUUGCAAGAGCGUGAAUGUCAAGGCAUUUCUAACAACCGUUUGAAGAUAUAUAUAUGGAUGCAAACAUUUCUGCAAAAUAAAACAAACAAAAGUGAAGCAAAACGACAAUAUUAACUAUUAUUCGGGCUGCGCUAGAGGCUAGGCUAAAAAUGGAAGACGACACGACAGGUCUUCAUACAUUGAUAUCACAACGUCAAAAAAGACCGUCCUACUCUAGAGCCAUCUCACAGGAAUUCAGCCGGAAAAGUGAGGCGGUGGUGGUACCACGUAAGAGAAACAGGAGAAAAUCCGAGAAGAUUCGAAGUCAUUCCCUGAUAGACUCUGCUGUCCCUCAGCACUCUCACAGCAGCGGGGCAGAACCUGAAACAGGACAGUCCACAGAGGGCCAGUUUCCUGUUUAUGAUACGAAUGAUGGUGAGGAAUCUGAUGAAAGUGAAUACUUUUCUGCUGAGGAAAAUUCAGAUUCUCUUGAGUGUGUACAUCAGGAGAAUGCUCCAUCAUGCUCUAGCUCAGCUUCAUCUAAUGAUGAUGAAAUACCUCAGAUUACUCAUCAAAAUUGUGACAAUCUGUCCCCUGUAACACUUGACACUUAUGAUGGAAAUUUGAAACAUAGAAGGGCUCCAAGCAAGAAGCAAAAAAGAAAGAGGAGGCUAUUAUAUGGUAGUUAUAAUUUGUUUAGAGAACUUCCCUUUUACAAUGAUGAGAUUGUGAAUGAGUUUAAAGAUGUGCAUAUCAACAAACCAGUGCCAACAUUAUCAGCCCUGUGUGUCAGAGCAUUAGUGACAAAGAAAAAAAGUUUGGCCAGACACCCAAUAGUCCCACAUGUAAUAAGACAAGACAUUGGCAAUGCAGCUGCUUUUUAUAAAGAAAAAGUGGAAUGGAUUAAAACAUAUUUGGCCAAAUUUGAAAAAGAAAAAUAUUCUCGUUUCCAGGAAGUUCUUACUAGAUCGGUGUGGAAUAUUGAACCAUGGGCUCUAAAUGAUACAAGAGCAUUUCAAAGAAAUAAUCCUGCAGCAGACAAGAAAAUCAGCUGUUUGCCUGCCACACCCCUCUGUGGUUUCGAGUAUCAUGACGCUGAAUUUUAUUAUCCAAGUCAUAUAAUGAUAGCUUUGAGUUGCUUAUUGCAUUUAACAAUACCCUUUCCUGAUCCAAGCAAAGGCAAGCAUCGACAACGGAAACUGGAAGGCUCAGCUCCAUAUGACAGGGCUGUAAAGAAUGCAACAGCAUCACUUCACAAGAGUUACCCUAAACUGAUGGGACGGUUUUAUGACAAGACCAUGCCCUACGUCUACUGGGCUAGAGGUGAUGUUAACCGGGCAAAAGAGAGCUUUAUCCAGCUAAUACACACCUGUGAAAAAUCGCGACAUAAAGCUCUAUACAUGUAUGAGAUUCAGAGAAUGCUGCAUUUUUUUGAUGAUGCAUCACAGCUGACCUUUGACCUUUCAAUGUCUGACAUGUCUGAUGUAUUCAAUGAGCCAUAUUACAGCCAAGAAAAGGUUGCUCAACUGAUCUGUAAACAGAUAUCUCUCCUAAAAGCCAACCUGUGUGAUCAAGGGUUGAUGACUGUGGAAAAAGCUCACAUGGCCACUGAGAGGUGGUCCCAUUGUAUGAGAGCUCCCCCUGUUGGAGAGGGAUGGUCCCGGGACACCUUCUUCUUGAUGGAUUCUUUGCUCUGUUUCCAUGCACACACUUACUUUGAACUUGGAAUUGAUUGGAUCCAGCAUGCCAUAGAAAAGCUAGAGCCUCUUUGUAAGGCUUCUAAUGCAGACCUGUAUAUAUUUCUCUCCAUGAUGUAUGCAAUGCAGAAGCAAAAUACAAAAUGUAAAAAGACCUUCAAGUACUUUGAAAGUCUAGAAAGAUCUUAUUUACGUAAUGUUGACAAAGACAAGGUAGGGCAUUGUCCCUGGCAGACUCUCCUGGAAUCAGUGAAGAACUCAGUAGCAGUCCGGCCCCUUAAAGUUCUUUGGAGAACUCAGAUUAAUCCCCCAAGACUCUCCCAUGAGCGUUUGGAUUGGCCGACUGAAAAUAAUCCAUUCAUUGAAAACUGCAACCCCUCAGAGGCAGAUAUCAGUUGUCGUGACCUUGACCUUUACAUAACUCCUGAAGGUCAUCUUACAGGCAAUUUACAGAUGACUCUUCCACCAAUACAAUCAGUUCUACUGAACCCUUACACUGGAACCAUAGCACAACUGCCAGCUGUGUACUCAGUGACCUCUCUUGGCAGCUUUCACUCUGUCCAGUGUUUUAUGCAUGGAAGAUAUUCACAUACAUUCAGUCCUGUGAUCCCCACACCCAUGGAGAUUUAUCGUGGCCAGAAUGGAUGUGUUGUCAGCAUGAUUUUCCCUGGUAAACAUCAGCACCCUGGGCCCGUCAAGCACCUAUUGAAAGUCUUCUGGCAAGGUCCAGAUGGGAGGCGGGCAAGACUUAAUCUGGCUCUCAGAAUCAGAGAUCAUAUAUACCAGGCAGCAAAGAAGCAAGUGAGGUUGCUGAGUAUGGAUGAAGAGAUGAAGACCUGUAUGCUGGAGAUCCUCAGGCUCUGCUACCUCAAAGACUAUCUCAUCCCAUCAACGGACAAAAAAGAGCAGUUAUACGAGACCGUGGAGAAAGCCUACCAGGAAAAUAAGCAGAGGCAGCUUAAGCACAAAGAUGGUGCCUCCAUCUCUCUCAAUCCUGCCAAAAUUUUCCAAGAACACUUUAUGAAGCCCCCCAUCUUGAAUAUCCUUCGUCCCCCAGUGGUGUUUGGAACCGAUAUAUUUUUCAGAUUUAAAGUUAAUGAAGAUCCAUGCAGGAACUAUUUUGUGGUUAUUCAUACCGAGACCCGUACUGAAUUUAAAAAUCCAAAAAUUCAAGAGAGACAUACGAUUGAUCACCCAUCCUAUUUCUCCAAUGGAAUUUCCAAAUCUGCAGAAGGUUUUUAUUAUUUAAAUACAGUCAGUCAUGAACCAAACACAGUGUGUGUAGUCAACAGACAUCUAGUGAUGACGGAUCAAGUGGAUACAGCCAUCUUACAACCAAUCAAGGAAGAUGCACAUAUUCCGAUUGUUAUUGGAAAAUCCCUGUUUGCCAUCAGCCAUUUACAAUACCUCUACAGAAUUAAUGAUCAGAUUGAGUCGUUCGCGGAACAUCUGGACCAGAUUCACCGUCUAACCUUCCUGGGGGACAUGCUCGUUAUGGUUACUGUCUCGGGGUAUCUGCUGUUUGUGGACAGCCAAACACUACUGCCCAUCAGGGUGACUGUACAUCCCAGGGCAUUUGCUCUCAUUUUGGAGAACCUGUACAUUUAUGAGGUGUCCAACUACCUCAAAGUUCAGGGAGAGAAGUCCUUCAGAGACGCCAACAAUUGCGAGUUUGUCAGGGCAGCCAUACUUUUGGAUAACAAACUGGUCAUCAUUAAAACUGACCCAGAAGCAUGUGGUAUGGAGGCUGAGGACCGGUCAACCGUCACCGUGACCUCUGCCGUGUCACUGUCAGGUCAACCCAAGGACGUCUGCUUCCUCAGCGAGUCAGCGGGCUACCUAGUUUCUGCCUCAAUCUUCAACAGCACAGGAAAAUUUUACCGAGAAAAUCUGUACCAUUUCGAUCAUUGUGGUCAAUUACUAGGGGUCCUUCUGUCCCUAGGGCGUGGACCUAGGUCAAUGUAUCCUGUAUAUCUCCCCGGGGACCCGGAUCUGUCUGCUAGAUACAGCGACCUAUGUGGGCAGGAAGGCUGGCAUGUCUACAUGAGGGACGGCCAUGAUGGAAUCAUCUGUGUGUAUCUCAGGCAAAGUUUAUAACAGAGAGACAUCUUGAUUAUUUGUGUGUAUCUAGUCACGAUUUAUGACAGAGAGACAUUUAGAUUAUUAGUGCUUUUCUAGGCAAGAUGUAUAACAGAGAAACAUUUUGAUCAUUUGUUUGUAUCAAGGCAAGAUUUAUAACACAGAGACAUUCAGAUCAUUUGUGUGUAUCUAGCCAAAGUUUAUAACAGAGAGAUAUUUUGAUCUCCUGUGUGUAUCUAGGCAAGGUUUAUAACAGACAUAUAUAAAAGAGAAAGAUAUUUGCAAGAGUAAAUGUGAAAGAAAUGGUUGUGUUUGGUUUGCAUUUUUAUAGUUGCACUGCUUGUCCUAUUGAUGCACCUAGGUACAUUACUGGUACACAAUGUAAUAUCUGUAAAUACUGUACUCAGUGUACAUAGUACACAAUGUAAUAUCUAUCAAUCCCAUACUCAGUGUACAUAGGUACACAAUGUAAUAUCUGUAUAUACUGUACUCAAUUUCUUAUAAGAUAUCAAAGUACUGAAAGUACUGAAAAGCGCUAACCUAGCUUGGUUCUAAGAAAAUUUACUGUGUGCAAGCGUAGGCGGAAAUGAGCCUUAUUGAAAUUUUGGUUUAUGUUUAAUGAAUAUCAAUUUAAAGUAUCGAAGGCCAGAUUUCUUUAAAUAAAUGUUACUUUCUGAAGAUGAUGUGUUCGAUGUAUUCAUUCGCAGUAAUAUAACAAAACUACGAAUUCGCAAAAAGAUAUGUUAAAAUCACAAAUUAUACCUUUUGAACAGUAAUUUAUCACAGUUUUUGACAUUUUCUUGCAAAAAAUCGAUUUUAUUUUUCUAUAUUUUAGCUUCUGAAUACGCACGAUAUUUUUUCAUCACUGCGUAGCAUCCCGUGCUGAUGUACGUAAGCCCCGCAAACCAAUCGUAUCCACUCGGCCAUUUCUGUCACCCAGAUAACUGGUUCCCUAUACCUCUUACCAGUUUAAAUGAUGUAUAUUUCUGCUCAUAGAGGGCAGUUAUUCCUUGCACCGGAAAUAGAAGUCUAACGACAAUAAAGCGCUGAGCUAUGCUUAGCGCUUUAAUAAGAUAUACAUGUACAUGUAGAGG